AAAAAAAGAAAAGAAUUCGCACUUUAUAAAAAGCAAUUAUUGGUGUGUUCAAUUGUUUUUAAACUCGCCGUGUGCUCGAAAAAGAAAAUUUUUAUACAUAUUCGCGAAAGUUGUGUAUCGCUCAAAUUUGUGUUUUUUUUUCUUUUUUGCUUAGUUGCAAAAUAACUCAAAGAAAAGAAGCCACCAUUAAUUGAUUAGGCAACUCUGAAUUUGAAUAUUAAACUUUGUUUUAAUUGUUUUUCCAAUUGAAAUAAUAAGUGUGUGCUAUGGAAACAAUAAUGACUGCGUGCACGACCGACGUAUCGAAAAAUCAAAUUGGCACCGCUUUCAUAAAUUAACUAACAAAAUAAAUAUAAAAAGAAAAAAAAAACAAAACCAAUGUAUAUUACAUGUAUCCUUAUGUUAUUAAUCGCAACAUUAUUUGGAAAGCUUUAUAAACACUUUUUCUUAUCUAACACAGAAGAACCACCUAAACCGAAUAACGUAAUUAAAAGGGUUCAAUUUUCGAAUGAAAAUUUAAUUAUACAAAACGGAGUUAGCAACAGUAAAAAUACUUUAAUUAAAACCGUCGCAAUGAGUACUUCGGAUAGGCCUAGUUUUUUGGUAGGCGAUGAAAUCGACGCUAGUAUACAAGAAGCGACUGAAGCUGUCGAUGAGUUUCCUCAGGGAAAUAAUCCAAUAAGGACCAAUGGAGAUGUAGCAGAUAAGCGCAAGCGUUUAAGGCCAAGCAUGUCUCGUGGAACAGGUUUGGGACUCGAACGUCAUCAAGAGCGAGACUUCCUCAUUGCCACCACCGAAGAGUUUGUCAAGAGAUUUGGUGGCACGAGAGUUAUUAAUAAAAUUUUGAUUGCCAAUAAUGGAAUUGCUGCUGUUAAAUGUAUGCGUUCGAUACGCAGAUGGUCGUACGAGAUGUUUAAAAAUGAACGUGCUGUUCGUUUUGUUGUAAUGGUAACACCAGAAGAUCUUAAAGCUAACGCUGAGUACAUAAAAAUGGCUGACCACUACGUACCAGUGCCUGGUGGAUCCAACAACAAUAAUUAUGCAAAUGUAGAAUUGAUUGUUGACAUUGCACUGAGAACUCAAGUUCAGGCUGUUUGGGCUGGUUGGGGACAUGCUUCGGAAAAUCCAAAACUUCCAGAAUUGCUGCACAAAGAAGGUCUGGUUUUCCUUGGACCACCAGAAAGGGCUAUGUGGGCACUUGGUGACAAGGUUGCAUCGUCAAUUGUAGCACAAACUGCUGAAAUUCCAACACUUCCGUGGUCCGGUUCUGAGCUUAAAGCUCAAUACACCGGAAAGAAAAUUAAAAUCUCAACCGAUCUAUUUAAUCGUGGUUGUGUGAGUAAUGUUGAUCAGGGACUCGCUGCUGUCGCGAAAAUAGGUUUUCCGGUCAUGAUUAAAGCAUCUGAAGGUGGUGGAGGCAAAGGUAUUCGAAGAGCAGACACUGCUGAAGAGUUUCCUGCAUUAUUCCGUCAAGUCCAGGCUGAAGUGCCCGGUUCCCCAAUUUUUGUCAUGAAGCUAGCUCGCGGAGCCAGACAUUUAGAAGUUCAAUUGUUAGCUGAUCAAUAUGGCAAUGCUAUAAGUUUGUUCGGACGUGACUGUUCUAUACAAAGACGACAUCAAAAGAUUAUCGAGGAAGCUCCUGCAAUAGUUGCUUAUCCAGAAGUAUUCGAAGAUAUGGAAAAAGCAGCUGUUCGUUUAGCAAAAAUGGUUGGAUAUGUCAGUGCAGGUACAGUGGAGUAUUUGUACGAUACGUCGGGCAAAUACUUCUUUCUCGAGUUGAAUCCAAGAUUGCAAGUAGAGCAUCCAUGUACUGAAAUGGUUGCAGACGUAAAUUUGCCUGCUUGUCAGUUGCAAAUCGGAAUGGGCGUUCCAUUGUAUCGCUUGAAAGACAUUCGCUUGCUUUAUGGAGAAUCACCUUGGGGAACAUCUAUAAUUGACUUUGAAAACCCACAAAAUAAACCCGUUCCAUUGGGACACGUAAUUGCAGCUCGUAUUACAUCCGAAAAUCCAGACGAAGGUUUUAAGCCCAGUUCAGGAACCGUUCAAGAACUUAAUUUCCGUUCAAGUAAAAAUGUAUGGGGCUACUUCAGUGUUGCUGCUUCGGGUGGUUUGCAUGAAUUUGCAGAUUCUCAGUUUGGACAUUGUUUUUCGUGGGGAGAGAAUCGUCAGCAAGCUAGAGAAAAUCUAGUUAUUGCCCUUAAAGAGCUAUCAAUUCGUGGAGAUUUCAGAACAACUGUAGAGUAUCUAAUCACAUUACUAGAAACUAACAGCUUCUUAGACAAUAGCAUUGAUACUGCCUGGUUGGAUGCCUUAAUUGCAGAACGAGUUCAAUCUGAAAAGCCCGACAUUCUUUUGGGUGUGAUUUGUGGAGCACUUCAUAUCGCCGAUCGACAAAUCACUGAAGCUUUCUCUAGUUUCCAGACAUCUUUGGAAAAAGGUCAAAUUCAAGCAGCCAAUACGCUAACAAACGUUAUCGAUGUUGAGCUCAUCAACGAUGGUAAUCGUUAUAAGGUUCAAACUGCAAAAAGUGGACAAAACACCUAUUUUCUCUUAAUGAAUAACUCAUUUAAAGAAGUCGAAGUUCAUAAGCUCUCCGAUGGUGGUAUGUUGUUGUCCUUUGAAGGAUCAUCAUACACAACUUAUAUGAAAGAAGAAGUGGAUCGUUAUCGUAUUGUAAUUGGUAAUCAGACAUGUGUUUUUGAAAAGGAAAAUGAUCCUUCGCUUCUACGCAGCCCUUCUGCUGGUAAACUUAUUAAUUUAAUUGUCGAGGAUGGAGCUCAUGUCAAUAAGGGACAGGCAUUUGCAGAAAUUGAAGUAAUGAAAAUGGUAAUGACACUGACUUCAUCAGAAGCAGGUACAGUUACAUUUAUCCGUCGUCCAGGAGCUGUUCUUGAUGCCGGAACACUUCUUGGUCAUUUGGAGCUUGAUGAUCCAUCGCUGGUCACUAAAGCGCAGCCUUUUAAGAGUGGAUUCCCGGUGGCAGAAAAUUCGUCGGUUCCUGAAAAACUCAAUCGAGUCCACAACAGCUACAAGAGCAUAUUGGAGAACACUCUUGCUGGAUAUUGUCUCCCAGAUCCUUACAACGCACCUCGUCUUCGCGAAGUUAUCGAAAAGUUUAUGCAGAGUCUUCGCGAUCCAUCUUUGCCUUUACUAGAACUCCAAGAAGUAAUAGCAUCUGUUUCUGGUCGUAUUCCAAUUUCAGUUGAGAAAAAAAUUCGUAAACUCAUGACAUUGUACGAGCGCAAUAUAACAAGUGUUCUAGCUCAGUUCCCAUCGCAACAAAUUGCCAGUGUCAUUGAUUGUCAUGCGGCUACUCUCCAAAAACGUGCCGAUCGAGAUGUGUUCUUCCUAACCACUCAGGGAAUCGUGCAACUAGUUCAACGCUACCGCAACGGAAUUCGUGGUCGCAUGAAAGCUGCUGUCCAUGAACUCCUCCGACAAUACUACGAAGUUGAGUGUCAGUUUCAACAUGGUCACUAUGACAAAUGUGUCGGCUUGAUUAGAGAGAGGAACAAAGAUGAUAUGUUGACAGUUGUAAAUACAAUUUUCUCACACAGCCAAGUCUCCAAAAAGAAUCUCCUGGUUACAUUAUUAAUAGAUCACUUGUGGGCCAACGAACCUGGUCUUACAGAUGAAUUGGCAACUACUUUGAGUGAAUUAACGUCUUUGCAUCGCGCAGAACAUUCACGUGUUGCACUUCGAUCGAGGCAGGUCCUCAUAGCAGCUCAUCAGCCUGCUUACGAAUUGCGUCAUAAUCAAAUGGAGUCCAUUUUUCUAUCUGCCGUUGAUAUGUACGGACAUGAUUUCCACCCGGAAAACUUACAGAGAUUGAUUUUAUCCGAAACAUCCAUUUUUGAUAUUUUACAUGAUUUCUUUUAUCAUACAAAUCGUGCCGUAUGCAAUGCUGCUUUAGAAGUGUAUGUCAGAAGAGCGUAUAUAUCGUAUGAUCUAACAUGCUUACAGCAUCUGGAGUUGUCCGGAGAAGUGCCAUUGGUUCAUUUCCAAUUUGUGCUACCAACUGCUCACCCAAAUAGACUCCUGUCUCGUUCAUCGCUAGAUGGGAUAGAACCAACAAUGUCGUCUCCAGGUGCAACAUUUAUGCGAACAGGUUGCAUGGCAGCAUUUAAUUCAUUCGAACAUUUCGAACAAUAUUCUGAUGAAAUAUUCGAUUUGCUUGAAGAUUUGUCAUCUCCAGCCUAUGCUAGUGCUAAGGUACUUGAAGCUGUUGAUGCAGCAGAAUCAGCUUCUGAUGGCAGACUAAGCACAUCCAUAAAUGUUUCUUUGUCUGAUCCUGUUUCAAGAGCUAAUGCCGCAGAAGAGGCUAUAUCGACAGAACCUAUACACAUUUUAAGUGUAGCUGUUCGUGAAAUUGGUGAUAUGGAUGAUGUUCAGAUGGCAUCAGCUUUUGGAACAUUCUGUAAGCUGCAUCGGGAGGAACUUUAUCAACGACGUGUUCGCAGAAUAACAUUUGCUUGUUUGAAAAAGAGACAAUUCCCGAAGUUCUUUACCUAUCGUUCAAGGGAUAAUUUCGAAGAGGAUCGUAUUUAUCGACAUUUAGAACCAGCAUGUGCCUUCCAAUUGGAGCUUAGUCGAAUGAGAACAUACGACUUGGAAGCUUUACCAACAUCGAAUCAGAAAAUGCAUUUGUACUUGGGCAGAGCAAAAGUAUCAAAAGGUCAGGAAGUCAGUGAUUAUCGGUUUUUCAUUCGUUCUAUUAUUCGUCAUUCCGAUCUUAUUACUAAGGAAGCUUCAUUUGAAUAUUUACAAAACGAAGGAGAACGUGUUUUGCUCGAAGCAAUGGAUGAGUUAGAAGUUGCAUUCUCCCAUCCACAUGCCAAACGUACAGACUGCAAUCAUAUUUUCCUCAAUUUCGUUCCAACUGUUAUAAUGGAUCCAGCGAAAAUUGAAGAAUCUGUUACAAAAAUGAUCAUGCGUUAUGGUCCUCGUUUGUGGAAACUAAGAGUUCUUCAAGCUGAACUCAAAAUGGUCAUUCGUCAAACCCCUCAAUCACCAACCCAAGCUGUUCGUCUUUGUAUUGCAAAUGAUUCUGGUUACUUUUUGGAUAUAUCAAUGUACACAGAAGUUACAGAUCCUGAAACUGGAAUUAUAAAAUUCCAAGCUUACGGAGAGAAACAAGGAUCUUUAAAUGGACAUCCCAUUUCAACGCCAUACAUGACAAAAGACUUUUUGCAACAAAAACGUUUCCAAGCACAAUCAAAUGGUACAACAUACGCAUACGACAUUCCUGAUAUGUUCCGUCAAAUGACUGAGAAGCAAUGGAAAGAUUUUUCAAAAGCAAGACCAACUGUUGAAAUAAGAAUUCCUGAAAAGAUUUUGCUAGAGUGCGUCGAGUUGGUGUUGGAUGGAGAUAGUCUUGUUGAAAUGAAGCGACUUCCGGGAGAAAAUAAUUGUGGAAUGGUUGCCUGGAGAAUAGUUCUAGCAACUCCCGAGUACCCCAGUGGUAGGGAAAUAAUUGUGAUUGCUAAUGACUUGACCUUCUUCAUUGGCUCCUUUGGAAUUAAGGAAGAUAUUCUAUUCCACAAAGCUUCCCAACUAGCACGAGAGAGAAAAGUUCCAAGAAUUUAUAUAUCCGUGAACAGUGGUGCUAGAAUAGGACUUGCUGAGGAAGUAAAAUCAAUGUUCAAAGUUGCAUGGGAAGACCCCGAAGAACCAGACAAGGGUUUUAAAUACUUGUAUCUCAGCACCGAAGACUACAGCAAGGUUGCCAGUCUCAAUUCGGUAAGAGCAAUUCUAAUUGAAGAUGAAGGUGAGCCCCGAUACAAAAUCACAGAUAUUAUUGGCAAAGACGAUGGAUUGGGUGUUGAAAAUUUGAGAUACGCUGGUUUAAUUGCUGGUGAAACAUCACAAGCCUAUGAAGAGAUUGUUACAAUCUCUAUGGUCACAUGUAGAACAAUCGGUAUUGGUUCGUAUUUGGUGCGUUUGGGACAGCGUGUUAUUCAAAUUGAUAAUUCACACAUUAUUCUUACUGGAUAUGCAGCCUUAAACAAGUUAUUAGGACGUAAAGUUUAUGCAUCGAAUAAUCAACUCGGUGGUGUUCAAAUUAUGUACAACAACGGUGUAUCGCAUAAGACUGAAGCAAUUGACUUGGAUGGUGUUCACACUAUUCUUACAUGGCUUUCGUACAUUCCUGCUUAUAUUGGUGGUGAUUUGCCAAUUGUUUUGCCCAAUGACCCAAUCACUCGCCCUAUUGGAUUCAUGCCAACGAAAUCUCCCUACGAUCCGCGAUGGAUGCUUGCCGGUCGAGUUAAUCCUGCAAACACGAACGAAUGGGAAACUGGUUUCUUUGAUAGAGGUUCAUGGGCAGAAAUAAUGGAAGGUUGGGCCAAAACAGUUGUUACUGGAAGAGCUCGUCUCGGUGGUGUACCAGUUGGUGUGAUUGCUGUAGAAACAAGAACAGUUGAAGUUGAAAUGCCAGCUGAUCCUGCCAAUUUGGACUCGGAAGCUAAAACAUUGCAACAAGCUGGUCAAGUUUGGUAUCCUGAUUCAUCGUACAAAACAGCUCAAGCAAUUAAAGACUUUGGUCGAGAAGAACUACCACUUUUGGUUUUCGCCAAUUGGAGAGGUUUCUCUGGUGGAAUGAAGGAUAUGUACGAACAGAUUGUAAAGUUUGGAGCAUACAUAGUAGAUGGAUUGAGAGAAUAUAAACAUCCUGUUCUAAUUUACCUGCCACCUAACGCUGAACUCCGUGGAGGAGCCUGGGCUGUUUUGGAUUCUCUUAUUAAUCCAAGAUACAUGGAGACAUAUGCCGAUCCGGAAGCAAGAGCUGGUGUUUUGGAACCCGAAGGCAUUGUCGAAAUCAAGUACAAAGAAAAAGAUUUGGUAAAAACAAUUCACCGACUUGAUGGGCCUGUGAUUUCGCUUAAAAAACAACUGGAUGAUGCUGCCGGUGAUACUUUAAGGACUCAUGAAAUUGAAGAGAAAAUAAAGACCCGCAUUAAUCAACUGAUACACGUGUACCAUACUGUCGCGGUGCAUUUUGCUGACUUACACGACACGCCUGAGCGAAUGUUAGAAAAGCAAUGUAUAAAUGAAAUAGUUCCCUGGAGAGAAUCUCGUGCAUGGUUGUAUUGGCGCCUGCGGCGCUUAUUAUUAGAAGAUGCAAUGACAAUGAAAAUCCUUAAAGCCCAAGAUAAUUUGUCGGUUGGUCAAGCAAAGCAAAUGCUUCGAAGAUGGUUGGUAGAAGAGAAGGGCGCUACUGAGGCUUACAUUUGGGAUAGCAAUGAAGAAAUGGUUCUGUGGUACGAGGAACAAAAGAAAUCUGAAUCAACUGUAUCUACCAAUAUAAAUGCUGUCAAACAGGACGCAAUUAUUUCAAAGAUUCAAACACUUUUACAAGAAUGCCCUGAAGUAGCACUAGAUGCCGUUGUUGGUCUUUGUCAAAACCUUACACCUGUUAAUCGGGGUGUAGUUGUUCGAACAUUAGCACAACUUGAACUUAAAGAAAACGAAUCAAAUCCUCAAGUAUGACCCGUUUUUAAAUAUCAUGAUUAAGUUCAUUCAACCCAGGAAUAAAAAACGAAUCAUUUUAAUUUAUUUAAUACAAAAAAAAAAUUAAACAAAAACAAACCUUUGUAAAUAACAUACGGCCCACGCUUGCAAACCUCAUUUAAAAUAAUAUUUUUUUUAGAAACUAUGUAUUUUCACAUAACAUUUAGUUAAACUAAAUGAAUAUUUUCUUAUACAUUUAGAAUGUAUGUACCCCGUCGCAUGUUCAAUGAAUUAUUUUUAAAAAAACAAGUUCGCUUUAUUAAGUUUGUUGCAGAUUAUAUUUAUUUAUAAAGCGAAUUAAAAUAUUGUAAAUUAUGUAAAGCAGGUUAACAAAAUCGAAUAAUAUCGAUUUUUUUUCUACACUGCACAUCUUUUUGUAAUGAAUUUGUAUUAAUGCAUAUACAAUGUAAAAAUAUAAUAAAAAUGCGUUAAUUAUAAAA